AAAGUGUUGUCUAAAACUAUUGUAAUGGUCUCUGUUUUGGAUGACAUUUAUGAUAUUCAUGGUACAAUCGAAGAACUUGAGCUUUUCACUGAUGUAAUCGAGAGGUGGGAUUUGAGCAUGAAAAAUCAACUUCCAGAUUACAUGAUAUGGUACUUUGAAGCAUUAAUAGAUUUCUUUGCGGAAUUAGAGACCAAAACAAAAAUGGAAGGGAGGCCAUUCUGCAUUUAUUAUGCAAAGGAAGCGGUGAGUUUACUUGCUUUGAUCGGGUAAUUGAUCCUUUUGGUACAAACUAUCGUAUUUUUUUUCAUUCUGUUUACUAAACUAUAGUUUUAU